UGCCUUUUACUUUUCUUAGGAUUUAUGUUAUUUAAGAUUUACUCGAGAUGUAGGGAAGGACAUUAAUGAUGCAUGAAUCAUAAGUUUUCAUCAAAGAAAGAAGCCGAUUGGAGACCUCUUUGACCUAUAAGAGGCUCGUCUUUACCCUACCCCUUUCGUAUAUCUCUUCGUCAGUUCGUACGUGGAUCUCGAUUUGAAGACUCAUCGAGAUCACCCGGCAAUGUAGCCUUGCAGUCGCUUGUUAAUGCGUGCAACCGCAUCAGUUGAUAUUGAAUUUUGUUGCCAAUUUAAUUCGCGAUUCAUCACAAAAUUUAACUGUGCGCGGUCUGAUUUCGUGCAAUUAAGAUUAUCAAAUUUCGACGAAAUUGUGAAGUACCCUUGAUUAUUCUUACAGAAAGGAAAGAAGAGAGUAAGUGAAAGUUAUUGAACAAACCGAAUUUAACGAGUGGAGUACGUGAUCUAGUUAAUAGUGCACGUGGUGUACGUGAUCCCUUCGCGACUUCAUUCAGAUUAUUUUACGAUUACGUGUUGUUUCUAGUUGUCCUACGUCUAUAUGCAGCGAUAUUAUCAAUUCCAGGGUAAAUUUCCAAAGAGUAUGUGACUAAUGACCAUCGCUUUUGUUUUAAGUAAAAAAGUUCAUAACAAAAGGAACUUGUAAAUAGUUAUUUGACCGGAACGAGAGUUGAUCAGUGGAAGAAGUCCUUAGAAGUGGUGGUGAGCUCGAUGUUGCUUCAACCAACAACCUUUUUAUGAUCGUUCACUUGGAACAAAGAUACGUGUGAAUGACAACCAAGGAUAUUGAUUAAUCUUGUAUCCGCUAGAUCGCUAGAUUGAUUGAUGACAACUUGUGAGCUCUCGCGAUGGAAAUCGGAGAUAGGAAUCAGCGUGAAGAGAAGUAGAUGCGUUCUCAAGUUUCGUACGGAUACUUUGGUCGAUCUUCCAAAUACGUAUAAGUACGAAUCGCGGUACGGUCGAGACCAAGUGAUAAGGAGGUAAUGUCGUAUGGCUCCAGAAUAAAUCAGUUGAUAAGAAACAUAUAGACCCGAGUCUUCUAAUGUUAAUAACUUGUGACGAAUUGUGUCACCAUGUUCCAGUGAUAUUAGUAGCGGUAAUGGUGGUGGUAGCGAUGGUGGUAGUGGUGGUGGUGGUGGUGGUGGUGGUGGUGAUGAUGGUGACGGCUACGUGCAGCAGUCUAUGAAUCCGGGGUUACUGCUCUCCCUUGAGCCGUGCUUCGUGGGUUGAGAAGCUUUCAGGCUUCCCGUGGAAGGCUGGAAACUGGUCUGUCGUCUAGAUUGUGGGGAUGUUAUGUAAGCUGUAGUUGAUCGACAUAAACGCAUACAAAGAUCGUAUACGUAGGCGCACGUAAGCAUGCGAGGAGGAACUUCGAUUCCUAGCUACGUACUAUAAACGCGAGGUGUUGGAAGCCGCGAGGUGAUCCGGCAAGAGGAUAUUCAGUGACGGGAGUCGCGACGCGUCAGAUGUGAUCGAGUUGCGUGUUCUAGCAGUGAUCCUCGAAAACUAGCUGAGGACACUUUUUAUCCAUGGUUGAGCUUUGACGAGCUUUUGAGCUAUGAGGAAGAUGUCCGGUUGAGGACCGAAGACAGGGAGGAAGACGACGAAAAGGAGUUCGAAGAACGUUCAGUAAUGUCUUCGACUAACAAACUGCAAAUUUUGUGGGAUCAUUUCAUUCAUGCAGAACCGCAGAGCUACGAGAAAUCACAUUGGUUGGACAUAUUUCUCGCGGAGUUUCUUGCCCAAAUAAAAGAAGGUCAAGAUGUAAAGGAUGCCCUAUCGUUUUGUUCGGUCGGCGGUGGUGGCGUAUCUACCCUUAUAGCUUGUGAGCUGCUCUCCGAUGUUCAUGAACUUUGCGCGAACAGGACCAACGGCGACGAACUUGUUCGACUGAAGAAGUAUUUAGCUCAGGAGCGUGGUUGGCGUUGUUUAGCUGUCCUACAGCUACUUGGUGUCCGUGGGCUCUCUUGUGGAAGAGAACUCGUAGCUCUGCUCAUCGCUCUAUAUCCAGUUGUCCUUCAGGAGGAAACGAGUAAUAAAGCUAAUUCUGCUUCACUGAACGGGUCCGCGUAUACUUCGUCGGCUGAUACCGCACGUAACCCUUAUGUAAAAUUCUACUGCAACGACGAUACCGUCGACACGGUAGAUAUCGUGUCGCAUGUGAAACGCAGGACGGCAAAGUCUAAUCGAAACGGCGCAUUUUACGAGGGCAAUGUACCGUCAAAAAGGAGGACAGGUCGUAGAUAUAGCAUCGGUACUAAGGUGCCGGUCCAUCAGAAGCAAAAAUCAUUUGGUACGUUCGAAGCGCGUCGCAACACGCCGGAAAGCGCGAGCAGCGAGUCCGAAUUACUGACAGAUGGUAUUGAUCAGGCACGAUCGCUCACGCUCAAGAUCCGCCUGAAUCCUAUGGACUUCGAGUAUUUCACAUCAGUCGUCAGAAGCGACGAGGAGCAAAAAUGGCAAGCAGCACUUUACGAACUUCCGGUACGGCCGGUGAAGAAAACACCGAACGAUUACAUAGACGGGCGGAUCAAGGAUGUUCUAGAUGCGAAAAUUAGCAACUUCGAAACGAGCCUUUUGAUUAUUCAAUUGCUUCAAGGGCUACGAGAUUACGGUACUCCAGCGGAACAAACGCCUGCUGUACAAGUUCUAAAAUUUGCUUUGGAUACGUUAUGGUCCCUGCAAUUCGGUAUAGACGGUACCAACUUGACUGGCACUGAAUCCGCUACGUUAAAGGCUGCGGCUGCUAGGCUUAUGCUUACAGCACUGGAACGCGUAUUACGAUCAAAUGAACCAACUACCGCUGUCAUUCAUAAUGGUUUGUUGCCUAUGACACUGAGAUUACUCGAAGAUGCUUGCAGCAAGCCUGUAAGUGUUUUCUCGCCGGAGGAAGGUUCCCUUCUGCAAGAGUUCAUCUUUGCCACUAUUUACGGAGUGAUAACGUUUCUUUAUUGUCUGCUGCAUCAACAAGGUACCACGAUAGAAAAAUUAUCAGACUUUCUAGAACUAUUUCAACUGUUCACGGAGAGUCAGGAUGGGAAGUUAGUGGAGAGAACGAUUUUUGCGAUUGUCGAUCUACCAAGCAUUGAUCCGACGAGGUCAAUAAUCCGCGCCAGAAGGGUCAUUGAUAUGAUAGGUACGCUAACCAGUGGAUUAAAAUCUGUUCGACGUGAUAUUUCGCAUGUAUCUCAUUGCAACAAAACAAAGCACAAAUCCUGUGUCAAUAACGUUCAAAUCCAGCAUCAUUCGGAUGUAUUUGGAGCGCCUUAUGCUCAGCCAAUUGUUGGCGCCGUUGUUAUGAAACAAGCAUGCUGCAUUUCCUCGCUUUUUAUGGUACUCACUAAUCUCCUCAAGUAUUCUCAUCCAUUCAUCAGCGAAUUGCAAAUCAGAUUGAUCAAAGUUUUUACAGCGGCGGGAACGUGCUGCUGCUUCCCACCCAGAAUACUCAUGGCUAGCAUCGCCACUCUUUUGAAAAGACACGAUCCGACAAUUUAUAUCCCAGCCGUGGCGUUCUUAGAGCGUAUCUUUUUCAAAGAACUCGGUGCUUAUUCGGAAUCAGAUGUGUGCGCCACGUGUGACAGACCUACCACAUACUCUUGGGAUUUCCUCGAAAUGUAUGCAGACUUAUUGACGCCGAGUGAUUCAAAAUUAUGCUACAUCAUAAUGGCUCAUCUGCUGAAAAUCGGGCCGUGUUCGAAAUUUCACAUUAGACGGGAAUUGGUUCUAAAAGUUUUUUACCCGACCUUUUUGAAAGCUAAAACCUAUUACGCAGCUGACAAAGGGAACACAGUCGCGAAAUUUCUCAUUCAAUCUUGUCUAUCUGCAAUAUCCUGCUUGAUCGUGAAUGCGCAGAUAUGCGAAGAAUUCACUGAGAUCAAUGGAUUGGAAGAAACAUUGAUUUUGUUAUCAGAUACGAUCUUCACGCGAAAUGUUUACGCUCUCCUAGAAGUCACUGUCAUUGUCGAGAUCUGGAAGACCAAUUUCAUGGAUUCUUCGGAUACGGAGAAACCCGCGCUUAAAUCUUUGUUCGAUUUCCUCGAGAAGGAAACGACUGAAUUGUUGGACAUUCUUAAGAAUUCGGCACAUACUUUUGUCGAUGAAAAAUACGUAGAUCAAGUAGCGAACCAAAUUUCUGACAAAUUAAAUGAUCAGAAUGUUGAAGGAGCGAAUAUUACUGUGGAAAACAACACUCUUCAAGAACAGAAUGAAACGAAAGAAUUGAUCAAGGAAAUAUCUGAUAAUUCUCAGGUUAAUGCAUCAUGCUCGGAAGUUCAUAAUGAAACAGAUACGACUAGAAAAGUAAAUCUGUAUCAAGCUAGUGCCGCGUGGAGAGCCGCAGCUGGAGUAGCGCUUUGCAGUCCUAAAUUUCGAACUCAAUUAUCGUUGCAUCCGGUGUCACGAAAAUCUUUACAACUUUUUGUAACGCUGGCUACAUACAUUUCUUCGGACAAUAUUGCAGAUACCAACAAAUCAGCGCACAGACUCUUCGAGGCUUUACUAACGUGCUGUUUAACAUCCCCGUUGUGUGAUUGCGAUAUAAUUAUGGAACUGGGAAGAGCGUUGAUGCACGCAGGAAUCAAAUUGGGUCGUGGAUUGGCCGUCAUCGUAGAAGCUUUGUUGAAAGUCUCUAUGUUAAAACCAGCUCAAGAACAAACCAUGCCACAAUGUACUCGCCCCAGGUUACCAUCUAUGACAGUCGACACAAUGCCAGAUUAUGCCGCUGAUGACAGCAGCACGGGUGAAUAUCUAACAGCCGAUGAUGGUUACGAAGCAGAUGUAGAAAUACCGAUGCAAAAUCCUCAUAGCAAUACCGUGAAAAGAAGUAAUUCUUUCGGACCGAUAGUUGAGCCAAGGGGCCAUGCGAAUGCACAUCCCGCAUUAUGCUUGUUGGCAGUUGAUUUAUUAAUUCAUUUCAGUGAACAAGGGUUGGAUGCAGAGAAAACAUGUAUUAUAACUGCUGGUUUAAGAAAAGUUGCAGUCACAUGCAGAGAAAGUGCCUCGAGUUGUGCCGCACUUGCAAGUUCAGGUGUAAUUACAAAGAUGUUAAAUGGUUUCAGAGAUAUACUUAUUACCAGAAAUACUCAAUAUCAAGAUUUGCAACACGCUGUGCUAGAAGUAUUUACUUUGCUAGCGACGCAAUCAAUUUCACCAUCAGAAUUAGUUAUAUACUUGUCUCUGUUCAAAGUUGAUGAACCUUCUCUACAGUCGUUGUUGGAACCACUUUUUCAUUUAGUUCUAGCAGCUCGUCCACAACCCAACUUUAUCAUAUCUUUUCCUGUACUUUCUGAUGCAAAACUAAUAUCAAAAACUCAAUCGGAAGAGUACAAAAACUUGGAAAAGAUUGAAAAUCUUGUAAAUAAUUUUCAAAAGAAACAUUUUGCAUCAAACAUAUGCAGUCCAUGGUCUGUACACGCGGUAUGUCUACCAAUUGGUCCAGAACUGGCUUGGCCAGUUUGGUUGCAUGGUUGUUCCGCUUCUAUGUGGUUGAGAGUUGAAAGAGGAUUAUCUGUUAAUGGCAAAGGGACAGUGAUUAAUACCUCACCAUUACUCGAUUCAGAUAAUGAAAGUUUAUCUGAUUGGGGUAUUCUUUCUGAUAACUGGAGUCGUGAAGACCAAUCGAUGUCUGAUCUUUUCUUGGGUACAUCAGUCGUAGCAGGUUCAUCAUUUCCACCCACACCAGCAUCAAUUAUUCAUUUGAUGUCUAUCGGAUUUGAGUCUCUGGUGCUUGAAACAUGGUUGGAUUUUAAAUCAGAUAAAUUAAUUUUGCGAUUAACUAGGCCAGACGACAAAGCAAAUCGAACAAUCUCAGAAACAUCUCUAACUGGUAUGCUUCCUUCCGGUCGAUGGCAUCAUUUAGCACUGAAUUUCAAAGACACGGUGUUAAAUAAACGUAGUGCGGUAAUCGAAGUUGUGAUUUGGAUAGAUGGUUGGAGGGAAAUCAAUGCGCAGUUACCAUUUGAUGGACUGCUAAUGAGAAAACCUAGCACUACAUGCGUUUUAUUAGGGCAAAUUGGAUCUAAUGCUAUUGGUGCUUGGUAUCUUGGAAACUUAAUGGUAUUCAGAUGCCCAGUAUUUACAAAGGAGAGAGCAUUGUACCUAGCAAGUCUUGGACCUAAUUAUACUAAUCUUGCGGAAUGUAUUUUAAACACAGAAAAGCCAGAUUUCACGCAAUUAAUUAUAUCUGGUGCCUUAGAUGGUGUACGAGAAAUACGAUUUGAAGGAGGAAAAUUUGAUACAAGUCGAAGAAAAUCAUAUGGCGGAACGUAUUUGCGACACGCUAUUGAAACUAAAGUAUCUGAGACUAAAAUUGAUUGGGAUGCAAUUAUGGAUGCUACAAAUUCGCAUUUGGGUGAACUACAAGAUAAUCUACUCCUUAAUUACGAAGCUCAAAAUCCUAAUAUUGUUCAUUUAUAUCCUCAAGCUAUUGCAAAUCCAGCUGCUGUAGUCAGAAAUUUAUUUCCGGGCCAGCCAGGUUUUAGGGUUGUUUCUGCACCGGAACAUAGAGUUUCACAGCAACCACCCUUGUCUGUGGCUCCGAUACUUUCAGCUCGGUUAGAAUGCCAACACUACAGAGGAAUUGUACCCGCUGCCAUUUUAGUUGGCGGGGUACCUAUAUUUUUAUAUUUGUUCGCAAGAGUAGUGGAAUUAAACUCUAAUGAGGAGGAGCAAGCAUUAGCUCUUUCAAUAGUUUUACACUUAAUACGGAAUGAUUCCGAACUUCUAAAUCAGUACCGAUCAGAAGGUGGAACAUCGUUAAUCCUACGCAUUUUAGAAUCUUCUCGAUGCCACACAGGUAGACACAUCCUAAAAGCAAUGUUAGAUGCAGCUUGUGAUAGUUCGGUCCUAAUAAAAGAUAUCGGUAGUGGCAAUCAUUUGGUCUCACAAAAUUGCGAAGCUGUUAUUACCGAUCCUGAAUUAAUCAAAGGUACAUUAACCGCGUGGAGGACAUGGGCAAAACAUGAUACAUUAAAUUUGCUACUACAAGCAUUGUUAUUAUUAUUAAGAGAUCAACAUUCACAGCGUGAAUUUAACGCAUCUCAAUUAAACAGAGUUGGAAUCGUUGAUACCAUUUUAACACUAUGCAAGGAGCAUUUUAUGUAUGAAGAAUUGGGUGCUGUGCUUGAUUCUUCAACAGGAAUAGCAGUGGUUGAAUUGAUUCGAGCACUUAUGGGAGCACCUCCAGAAUUCGCUCAUUUAGUAGCUAUUACUGACUACCUAGUUCUGGUUCAUCAAGCGUCCGAAACUUAUAUCACACACUCAAGACAUAAUAUAUAUUUUUUAUUACCACCUAUGGGAGAAAAAAAAGUUGUAAAACUUACUCCUACCAUAACUUUCAGUUCUUCAGAUGAAUCCAUAGAAACUCUUGAAAACAAUAAAUUGAAUAAAGGCUUAACAAAUACACAGAUUCAGAAAAAUAGAAUGCCUAAGAGAAAAGAACGUCGAAAUGGACCGCCUCAAGAUACUAGUGCUGGAGAGGAUUCAGGAAUUGCAGCUAGCGAUGGAUCUAAUCCUCUUGGUAACGAAAAACAAUCUAUGUGGAUGGAUGAAAGAAAAGCUUGUCAAGGUUUAGUUUGUGAAGGACUUUUAUUAUUACUCCGAGAUGCAGUUAGAGUUCUACCUGAUAGCCAAGUUGGAUCAGUGUUAAAACACGUUUUAAGAGCUGAACUUUUACUUGUACUGGCUAAUAAUCCUGAUAGUAGAGUUCGUACAGCAUUAAUUAAGCUUGUACAAACGUACUUACAACGUGCUACUGAUGAGGAAGUCAAUAAAUUUAUAAAGCAAAAAUAUUUUAUACAUUUAGCAAAUCAAAUAGCGUUAUAUCCUGGAAGUGAGACGCUGAUAGUUGCUUUAGAAAACUUGGCCUUACGGGGUCCAACUCUAGCCGCGAUGCCUCCAUUAAUGGCUAUAAUAGCGAAAACAGCAGCCACCGAACCAAAUAUAGUUAGACCAAUAGUAUCAUUUAUGACUGAUAUAAUUGCAAAGAAUCCGACAGCUCUAAAAAUGCUUUUGAAACAAGGCUUGAUUGAAUCAUUAGUGCAAGCAUUAGUAGGAGCUGCUCAUAAAGGUGGUUCUACAUCCCUUUAUCGAGAUAUUCAUGUACUUCUCGUGGCUAUUGCGGCAAGACUUCUAGAAUCCCCAGGAACUCAUCAAAUGCAAGCUAUUUUAGAUUUGCAUUUGAUAUUGAAUCAUAUGGAAUUGAAAGAAAAAUCUCAGUGCAUUAAAAACAGAGCCUGUGUAUCGGUUGUAAGAGAUGCACAGGUAGCACUUUUUGAUGGAGAACUCGAUGUGCUUACAGCAAAAGUUUCGAAUCAAUCAGGUUUCCGACUACGUAGUACAACAUCGUACCUAGCCUCAGCUUCUCACAUAACUUCAAUUUUUACAACGUCCAGUGAUCAAAGUGACCAUGGCUCUCGAUCAUCUAGCUAUACGAAUUUACAUUCACCCCCCAACGCAAUUUUACGUGAACCAGGCAAAGGAGAAUUGCUGGAACGAUUUCGCCUUAUUCUCACACGUGCUGUUGAAUUUAUAACAGCAGCUGAUGAAUCACCUUCUGGCAACGAGUUACAAUUAACUAAAAGAUUACUUUCAAUUCUCUUACACGGCUUUUGUAGUCCAUUGCAAAAAAGAAAUCACUGGAGCAGUGCAUGGUCAACUAGACACGUUUUAAGGAGAUAUACGGCCAAGAUAAUGGUGUGGUUACUUGGGCCAGAUCAAAGCAAUAAUACGAGGAUUUUUGCUAUCAGAUCACUAAUGGAAGAACCGAAAGCUCGCGAAAUUCUGUCUUCUCUUUUGGAAGUUCAUCCACAAGUAGAACAGAAGUUUACAGUGUUCUUUUGGGAUCUUUUACAAAAACGAGAUGAUAUGCCUAGUGCUGAUGCAAGAAUAUGUGUAGAAUUAAAAGAAGCUUUGAACAUAUGGGAUUUGGCAAAAGGAAUAGAACAAGCUAGUCCUGGAAUAUGGAACGAAGAACUGUCACUGCUAAGACGAGAAUUAAUGAGAGAUCGAGAUAUAUGGAUUGAUAACAAUCUUCCCUCAAUUCAAAGAUUUGCCAAUAGAUUUGAUAUACUUACUAAACAAUUAACAGAAAGUGCAAUGACUAUAACACGUACAGUUGUGGAAGAACAAAAUCGAGAACGGAAAGUAUUAAUGGAAAGACUGAAACAUUCAAGAGCGAUGGAAGCUCAAGCAAUUGCUAAAUGGAGAGAUUUAGCAAAACGUUUAACGCAUGAAAGAGCUCCUUGGCAUUUUCCAAACAGUUGUCCAAGAAGUUGGGAACUAGACCCUACGGAAGGUCCAGCUAGAGUUAGAAUACGAUUGCAACCGUGUCAUUUAAAUAUUGAUCGAAGAUUUUUCAUGGCCGAAUAUCAAAACAAACUAGAUGCAGUGAAAGUUGAAGGUCCUUUAUCUUAUUUAUUUACGAAUAAUCGGCAAGAUGCAAAUGCUACAGCAUUGAUCGAGCGGUUGCACACUACUGAAAGAAUACGUAAAAUGUCUCAAGCCAAAGUAGUUACACCUAGAGCUGAAUUAGCUGGUGAAGUUCUCAUUGGUGAAACAUGCCUUUACUUCGUGCCUGAUAGCCCUGAUGUACUAUUGCACACGGAUAUAGCUUUAGGUGGUUUGGAUUUAGCAAUGGUGGGUGGAACUGCUUGGCGUCUUGAAGAUAUUCGAGAAUUGCAUAGAAGAAGAUAUCAGUUACAGGAAAGAGCUAUCGAAAUAUUUCUCAUUACGGGAAGAACUUAUUUAUUAGCAUUCAAUUCUUCAAAAGAAAGAGAUGAAUUUGUAACGGAAUUAUCUGCUUGCAAUUUACCGAGACGAAUACCUGGUGAUGAUUUAAGCGAAGCUAUUUCGUUGUGGCGAAGUGGAGCAUUAACAAAUUGGGAAUAUAUUACUUGUCUAAAUAAAUUAGCCGGUCGUUCAUAUAAUGAUUUAAUGCAGUAUCCUGUAUUUCCAUUUGUAUUAUCCGAUUACACAAGUGAAAAAAUUGAUUUAACUAAUCCAAAAAUUUAUCGAAACUUUAAACGUCCUAUGGCUGUGCAGGAUAAAAAGAAUGAACAACACUAUAUAAACAAUUACAAUUAUCUCAAACAAGCUUUAUCGGAAGGUUUGAAUUUAAUAUCACUAAAUCAAGAACCAUUUCAUUAUGGAUCACAUUAUAGUAAUUCUGGAACAGUGCUUCACUUUUUAGUUCGAUUACCGCCAUUUACUAGCAUGUUCCUAUCUUAUCAAGAUAACAAUUUUGAUAUACCUGAUCGAACGUUUCAUGCGUUGGCAACUACAUGGAGAUUAACUAGUUGCGAUUCAACAACAGACGUGAAAGAAUUAAUUCCUGAGUUUUUCUAUCUACCUGAAUUUUUAUUGAAUUCCGAAGGAUUUAAUUUUGGAAUUCGACAAAAUGGUAAUCGGGUUGGAGAUGUUGAAUUACCGAAAUGGUGUGAUGGUGAUGUACGACUUUUUAUUCUUGCUCACAGAGCAGCAUUAGAAGCAGAUCUUGUUAGGGAAGUUCUACCUUAUUGGAUUGAUCUGGUAUUUGGAUUUAGACAAACUGGUAGACCAGCAAUAGAAGCUAUAAAUGUUUUUCAUCCUGCAACCUACUAUGGAUUCAAUGUUGAACAAAUAACUGAUCCUCUUGAACGUCAAGCGUGGGAAACAAUGGUACGAACGUAUGGCCAGACACCAGCACAAUUAUUCAAGGCAGCGCAUCCUUUACCGAUUCAAAAUCUUGGAAACACAGGAGUUCACAGCUCAUUACCACAAGUUAUUGAAAGUGUAGAUGGUAUAAAAUGGGGAAAUUAUGUUGGUGCUCUAGGAAAUGAACCAGUUUUAUGUUGGAAACAUAAACAUAGAGCACCGUUAGCAUCUCUAGUUCCUUUAAUGACUGGCGAUGUUUUCGGAUUGCCUAAUUAUACUACUUUGUUGCUUGGUUACAUGAAAGAAAAAAGUGCAAGUAUGCUAAGUGGAGCAUCUGUAUUGGGAGCGGCUUUAGUUUCAUGGAGUGGCUCAGAUGGAAUUGUAAGACUGAAAUUUAAGAAAGAGCAACCAUUAAGGCCAUUAAUCAGAUCUUCGGGUCUCGAUCCAAUUACAAUCUUAGGAUCAACUCCGGAUUGUGGACAACUGUGGAUAGGCCAUUUAUCCGGCAGAGUAACAGUGUAUACAUAUACAGUUGUACCAAGCAAAAUUGACUUUACCUCAACAUCGGCAUCUGUUCUAUUAGCUCAUAGAAACAGAAUAACGACAAUAGCUCUAUCACGAGCAUUUAGUAUUGCUGUUACAGGUGAUUCAACUGGUGUCAUCGUUAUUUGGGACUUAAAUAGCUUAACAUACAUAAGAUCGAUAUCCUGUGAUCAAAAUUAUUCUAUUCAUUUGCUAUCAAUUAGUGAAACUCUCGGAGAUAUAGCAAUUGUUUACGAGAUUCCUAGUAAAAACACGUCUUCCAAUCAAUCCGAAUUGAAAGUAUUUACUAUAAAUGCAAGAGCAGUUGGAUCUAUUUUAUCAAGAGGAAGAAUAACGGCUCUUUGUUAUAGCAAUGCACCAGAAGGAGUUUCUGUGAAUGUUAUUGCAACAGGAUUAAACAAUGGUGUAAUAAGAUUAUGGAGUAGUUGGGAUUUAAGACUAAUUAGAGAAAUUAUAAAUGAUAUAAAAGGAUGCGGAGCAGUAAUUGCAAUAGCAUGGGCUUUAGAUCAACAUCACUUAUAUGCUAUAAUCGAAGAUUAUACUAUUCUCAUAUGGGAAGGAUCAAAACGUUUAAGUAAUGGUACUCCAAAAUUCGUAAAUUUAACGUCCCUCUAAUGUAAAUAAACUAAGUCAUGUGCACGAACAACAUGUUAUUUUAAAUACCAUUAAAUAUUAAUAGGUCUCCAUUUUAUUAAUAAGUAUUUACAUAAUAAAAAAAUGUUUUUUACAUUUAUAGUUAUAAUAUUAGUGUUACACUUGUGAUAAUUUUAUAUAAUUAGAAUCAUAUCAAACACAUACAUUCUUACAAUUGUUAAGAUAUUAUCACAUAUAAACAUUACAUUUGUAACUAUUAGAUAAAAAUCUAUCUGUUGAAGUAUUAUUUUCUUAAAAUUUUUAUUACAACAAUUUUUUAUGCUUCUAAUAUAUCAACAUCUAUAUUUUUAUAUUCUGUUAUAAUAAAAGAAAUACAGAUUUCGUUAUUAACAUA